AAUUACUAAAUCAACUAAGUCAACUCCUACCGAAAUUAUGCAAAUCAAGUUCCCAAUUAUCUUUUCCGCUGUCUUGAUGCUGAUUUUCCUGGGAGCGGAAGAAUCACAUGCUGACUGCCUUUCCGGAAGAUAUAGGGGUUCCUGUGCUGUGUGGCACAGGAAGAAAUGCAGAGAUAUUUGCCAGAGAGAAGGACGAACCAGUGGACACUGCAGCCCCAGUCUAAAAUGCUGGUGCGAAGGAUGCUGAAUAAGAUGUACAUGUACAUGUAUACCCAUUUAGGUU